AUUUGCCCCCGAGUGGAAGCAGGCCCAAACCAGUGUGGCAGGGUUAGGGCGAAGAGGCCCUGAUUCAAGGUGGCCAGCAGAAGCCACAGCUGGAGGUGCCCAGGGCGGGGAGUGCACUGGGCGGUGCCGGGAGCCGGGAAGGCUGAGACCCGGGAGGGGCGCGUUGGGAGCCGUCCCUGCACCCCAGGGCGGCGCCGAAGACCCCUCCCGCAUCGAAACCACCUUUAGCAGAAAACGUGGGGUCCUGGCGCAGCCGCUUCUGGCCUCCUCUGCAGCUCCCCAGCUUACUGGAGAGCCCACCCCGGAGGAGGAGCCGGCUCCGCCCCACCUCCGCGCUGCCUCCCUCCCCCUUCCCUUGCUUUCCUCGGGCCGCGCGCCCCCUCCUCCCCCUCCUCCCCCUCCUCCCCCUCCUCCUCCUCCUCCAUCCUUCCUCCCGCCGGGUUCGUGUGCCCCUCCCGCUGCGACUGGCUGGGAGGCUCGGCCGCCCCCGCCCCGAGAGGGAGGCGGGGGCGCUAGCCGCGGCGGCCACCCGAGGCUGCGGAGGUGAACGAGAUCCCGAGGCCCCAAGGCGGCCCUGCGUCCGGACCCGGCACUCGGGGUCUUUUCUGCACCCCCAGCCCUGGGCCGCUGGGCUUGGCCUCGCCGCGAGGUGGAGGAGGACUGAUUUGCCAAGUCUAUGUCACAUCCCCCAGACCCUGUGGACUGAGAAAGUAGGGAAGGAUGGUUCCCUAUGGUCAAAGCAGGGUGCUGUCACCAGAAGGAGGACUGGAUGCCGGGCUGGCACAGGGAACAGACAUCCACCCAUAUAUCCUGUGGAAAUGCCAGAAGGCAACAGAACUCUGCGGCAGGUCAGGAUGGAGAAGUAGAGCUUACAGGUCCUCCUCGCCCCGGGCCGCGGGCGCCCUGAGCCUUCCUCACCCCGCAGGGGGGCUCGCCCGCGGCCCCCCAUGAGCGCUCCCGGCUGACCGGCGAGGGGGGCCGCGGUGGAGCCUCCGUGCCGCGGGGGCAGCGGGGCCAUGGCCUCGCUGGACCUGCCGUACCGCUGCCCCCGCUGCGGGGAGCACAAGCGCUUCCGGAGCCUGUCGUCGCUGCGCGCGCACCUGGAGUACAGCCACACCUACGAGACGCUCUACAUCCUCUCCAAGACCAACAGCAUCUGCGACGGCGCCGCAGCAGCCGCGGCCGCCGCUGCCGCCGCCUCCGGCUUCCCGCUGGCGCCCGAGCCCGCCGCCCUGCUGGCGGUGCCUGGCGCCCGGCGUGAGGUCUUCGAGAGCACGUCCUUCCAGGGCAAGGAGCAGGCGGUCGGUCCGUCGCCCGCGGCGCCGCACCUGCUGCACCACCACCACCACCACCACGCGCCCCUCGCCCACUUCCCCGGAGACCUGGUUCCCGCCAGCCUGCCCUGCGAGGAGUUGGCCGAGCCGGGCCUCGUGCCCGCCGCCGCCGCACGCUACGCGCUGCGCGAGAUCGAGAUCCCGCUGGGGGAGCUGUUUGCCCGCAAGUCCGUGGCGUCCUCGGCGUGCUCGACGCCGCCACCUGGGCCCGGCCCCGGCCCCUGCUCCGGGCCGGCCUCCGCCUCCCCCGCGUCCCCCUCACCCGCGGAUGUGGCCUAUGAAGAGGGCCUGGCGCGCCUCAAGAUCCGCGCGCUGGAGAAGCUGGAGGUGGACAGGCGGCUGGAGCGGCUGAGCGAGGAAGUGGAGCAGAAGAUCGCUGGCCAGGUGGGCCGGCUGCAGGCCGAGCUGGAGCGCAAGGCGGCUGAACUGGAGACGGCGCGGCAGGAGAGUGCGAGGCUCGGGCGCGAGAAGGAGGAGCUGGAGGAGCGAGCGUCUGAGCUCUCCCGCCAGGUGGACGUGAGCGUGGAGCUGCUGGCCUCGCUCAAGCAGGACCUAGUGCACAAGGAACAGGAGCUGAGCCGCAAACAGCAGGAGGUGGUGCAGAUUGACCAGUUCCUGAAGGAGACAGCGGCGCGGGAGGCCAGCGCUAAGCUGCGGCUACAGCAGUUCAUUGAGGAGCUCCUUGAGCGGGCUGACCGUGCUGAGCGGCAGCUGCAGGUCAUCAGCAGCAGCUGUGGCAGCACGCCCAGCGCCAGCCUGGGCCGUGGAGGUGGGGGAGGUGGCGCUGGCCCCAAUGCCCGGGGCGCAGGCAGAAUGCGAGAACACCACGCAGGCCCGGCCAUGCCUAGCACAUAUGCAGUGUCACGGCAUGGCUCCUCUCCCAGCACAGGGGCCUCCAGCCGUGUGCCAGCUGCAUCCCAGAGUUCAGGCUGCUAUGACAGUGACAGUCUGGAGCUGCCCAGGCCAGAGGAGGGGGUCCCUGAGGACAGUGGCCCUGGGGGCUUGGGCACACGGGCCCAGGCUGCCAACGGGGGCUCAGAACGGUCCCAGCCCCCUCGCAGCUCAGGCCUGCGGCGCCAGGCCAUCCAAAACUGGCAGCGCAGACCCCGCCGACACAGCACCGAGGGAGAAGAGGGUGAUGUCUCUGACGUGGGCUCCCGAACCACUGAGUCAGAGGCUGAGGGCCCGUUGGAUGCGCCCCGCCCCGGGCCUGCUAUGGCUGGGCCCUUGAGCAGCUGCCGGCUCUCAGCCCGUCCCGAGGGAGGCAGUGGGCGGGGUCGGCGAGCAGAGAGGGGCAGCCCCUCACGCUCCAACGAGGUCAUCAGCCCAGAGAUCCUAAAGAUGCGAGCCGCCCUCUUCUGCAUCUUCACCUACUUGGACACCCGCACACUGCUGCAUGCUGCCGAGGUCUGCCGGGACUGGCGCUUCGUGGCCCGCCACCCCGCAGUCUGGACAAGGGUGCUGCUUGAGAAUGCCCGUGUCUGCUCCAAGUUCCUGGCAAUGCUGGCUCAGUGGUGCACCCAGGCUCACUCUCUGACACUGCAGAACUUGAAGCCCCGGCAGCGGGGAAAGAAGGAGAGCAAGGAGGAGUAUGCCCGGAGUACCCGGGGCUGCCUGGAAGCUGGGCUGGAGUCCCUGCUGAAGGCAGCUGGGGGGAACCUGCUGAUCCUGCGCAUCUCCCACUGUCCAAACAUCCUCACCGACCGCUCGCUCUGGCUGGCCAGCUGCUACUGCCGCGCGCUGCAGGCUGUCACCUACAGGAGUGCCACAGACCCUGUGGGCCACGAGGUCAUUUGGGCCCUGGGAGCAGGCUGCAGAGAGAUCGUCUCCCUCCAAGUGGCGCCACUUCACCCCUGCCAGCAGCCCACGCGCUUCAGUAACCGCUGCCUGCAGAUGAUUGGUCGCUGUUGGCCCCACCUGCGGGCCCUGGGGGUCGGGGGUGCCGGCUGUGGGGUACAGGGCCUGGCAUCACUCGCGAGAAACUGCAUGCGGCUGCAGGUCCUGGAGCUUGACCAUGUGUCAGAGAUCACCCAGGAGGUGGCGGCAGAGGUCUGCCGUGAAGGCCUGAAGGGACUGGAGAUGCUGGUGCUCACAGCCACCCCUGUCACCCCUAAGGCCCUGCUGCACUUCAACAGCAUCUGUCGGAACCUCAAGUCCAUUGUGGUCCAGAUUGGGAUUGCAGAUUAUUUCAAAGAACCCAGCAGCCCUGAGGCCCAGAAGCUGUUUGAAGACAUGGUGACAAAACUCCAGGCCCUACGACGAAGGCCCGGCUUCUCUAAAAUUCUGCACAUCAAGGUGGAAGGCGGCUGCUAACCCGGGUAGGGGGCGGCAGGGCCCCUGCCAGCCCCACACCAGGCCUCUCUCUUUGGACCUCGGAGGGACCCUGGUUUGGACUAGACCUUUGGAGGUCACGUGUUAUCCCUGGCUUCCAGAGGAGACUGACAAGUCUCCUGUCCUCCUCCUGGAGCAGUAGAGCAACAGGCCUGACCCAGGGCACUGCCUCCCCAGUACAGGGGCUCGGCAGAAGCUGCCCUCCGACCCCCACCCCACCCCAGCUGGAGCAGCCUCUGGCACAGCCAGUGAGGAGCUGUCACCACCAGCGUCUGGUGUUAUCACCUGCAGGAUCUGCAAUAACCACCCCGUGGCUCCUCAGCUGUUCCGGCCGGCCUCUCCUUCCCGAGGCCCAGCCUCCUGGUCAGGAGCCUCUGGGGCCCCAGGUCAAUGGGGGCUCCACAAGGCAGCUCAGACUUGGCAAGGAGGGCUCUUCUCCCCAACCCUGCCCCAGCUUCUGGGGGCACCCGCUUUAGACAGCCUGCCUAGGCUCUGGAUCUACAUUUUCUGGGGAUACUACAGGCAGACCUAGGGGCCUGGGCAUGUGGUAAAGCUGGGGACAGCAGUACAAUGGGGUAGUGGGGGUGGGUUUGGAAAGGAAACAGUCACCCAGAAUUCCCCAGGAUGAGACCACCCUUCCAAGGUGGGGGAUUGCCAGGGAGAGAAAACAUAUUUAUUGCUAUAAGACAAGACCCUUCCUCUCAGCCCCACACCCCACUACACACCAGAGCUAAAUUCAGAGCUGAAAGGUGCAUGUUUCUAUACCUACACUCAUUCUGAGGGACCCUCCAGAGGGUAAGGGUCCCAGCCCUAGGCAGCCCUGUCACAGUGAGAAGUAGUUCCUGUCCUCAAGGAAUUUCUUUCUAAUCCAGGUGCUUGGGCAGGAACCUGAUGGCCUUUGGGUCACCAGGGCUGUCUGGGAGGGAGGCACGGGGCCACCCUCCGUGCUGAGGCCUUGGAGGAAGCCAGGAGGAGGGUGGCUUCCUUUGCUUCCUUGUCUAAUUAGCUUGCUUGAAGAUGUGGCCUUGGCAGGGAGCCAGACCCAUGGGGCCAAGAAGAGGAAGAGCAUCCUCCACAGACUCACUCCCCCUCCAUAGUCUCCACGGGCCCAGCGGGCUUAGUGAGGGCUGCGUUGGGGUCUUCUGCCUAGGGUUAGUGCUGAACCUGGGCUGGAGCCACUUGGCUUAGAAGCCACAGGAUGCCAGUGGGACUUUUCACUGGCCUUUGCAGUCCCCAAAGUAUCAGGUCUCAGCACCAAGGCUCCAAAGGCUCAGGUCUCCCCGGUUCCUCCUCUAAGUACUCCCGUAGUGACUUAGAAGCUGGGGGUCCUGCCAACCUUCAUUUGGAAAGUUCUUUCAGACAUCUAAACUAGAUCUACCUUAGGGUUUCUUUCUCUCCUAGAUAGAAUGGGCUCCCAGCCCUUGCCAUUAGGCUACUGGUCCUGGCUGGAGAUGGGUCCCCUCAUUACCCAGUCCUUUCCAGGGACCAACUAACAAAACCUAGCUUGGACAUGAAGACCCAGCCCUAGGUUACUUUGUAAAGAGUCCUCCAGAGCUGGGACCCCACGGGCGCAGCAGCAUACCCAGCUCCCCUAGUGUCACUCCCUAGCUCUGUCCCAGCUCUUGCUAUCAUGGCUGACUUUUCCUCCUGUGGCUUGUUCUGUCCUUGCCCUUAACCUAAAAUACCAUGGGUGUUAUGGUGGCAACUCCCUGCCUAGUCCUGCACGAAGCCUUGGCUGUAUGUGGCACCCCCUGCUUCUACCCCAGAGCAGCUGGCUCCAUUGGCUUCCUCCCUGCACCAGCCCUGUCCUCAGGGGUCAGGAAAAAGCAGCACAGCCUUCUUCUCCUCCUCCCUUCAUUUGGAAAGUUCUUUCAGACAUCUAAACUAGAUCUACCUUAGGGUUUAGAGGUGGAGGUCCACUAAGGGCCUGGCUGCUUUGGGUUUGUUGGUCCUGCCUUGCCAACUGCACCCCUUAACUACUGCUCCCUGUGACCCCAGAACCAGAGGUGCUGCCUUCCCUGUCUCCUGGACAAAGCACAAAGGGAUGCCCUGCUUGGCUUGACCUUGCCCAACUGAGGGAUUUUCUCUGUCCCAGGGACCUUCCAUCCCUGAAUACAAGGCUCUGGGCAACUUCUGAGUGGUACACACUAGACUGUCUGGCAUCAGCCCUAGGAAAGGAGGUUGGGGUGUAUGGGCAGUGAGCUAGGGUGACAGAAAGGGGGUGCUGAAAGGACUGAUGCUAAUUGUACUUUCACACACACACACACAUUCAUUCAUUUCGUGCAACAGUACUGAGCACCACCAGCACUAGAGACAGAAGGAUGAACAAGAUACCCUUCUGCCUGGGGGGACGUCCACUUCCCAUGGGUUUAGCUGUUUCCAAGAAAGCCCCUCAGUCCUCCGCCCUGUUCUGGCUGUGUAAAGGAUGUGUGAGAGCACAUACUGCACAGGCCCAAGCCUUUGCAGUAGGAUUGAGAGGUCAGAGUAUCGCAUUGCACAUGCACCCCAGGGCUGACAGGCUUGUGCACCCCAGCCUUCUUGCAUGCUGAGCACUGGCAGCUUUACGGCCUUCGCUCCCCACCAGCCCUUUGAUGCUCUUCUUUUGUUCUCUCCUCGGGGAUGAGCCCUGCUGCUGAGUAGGGAGCUUCUGCUUGCUGGGAGGCUCUAUGCAUUCAUUUCUUUGGCAACCAUACAGCUAAGGCUGAGGAUGGAAACAGGGACAUUGGGCCUGGCCAUCCCUAUAAGCACUUCAUCCGUCUUUACCCAUUCAAAGGGGAUCCCUCCACAUUUCAUACUCAGUAAGAUGCAAAAAAAAAAGGAAUAUCUGAGAACAAACAGCCCUGCUCCAGGCGCCCCAGUAUGUGUUGAGGCCCAGUGGGGGUGACCACUUGGUGUUUUUACCACCCCGUGCCAUCUAGCCUGGCCCCAGUGCCUACCUGGGAGGCUGGUUUACUUGGCUUAAGUACUUCAUGCUUUAUUCAGGUUGCUUUCCCACAGAACCAGCAGGAAAUGAUGCAUGUAUAUGCAUCCCUGCGGGGAUAAAGAAUGGGUGGGCUACCCAGAACCAUGGCCUUUCCCCAGCCAGGAGAGACCACCGAAGGAUCAGGGUAGCUCCUGCUUUCUUAGUCCUGUAAUACUAGAGUCUGAGCCAGCCCCUCAGGAAUUGCCUCAAAAGGAAAAAACAAAACAAAAAGGCCUCCUUCCCAAGGCCUGCUACUCCAAGGUUUGGCUCCAUCCCUUGCCUUUGGGUCCUGCCUGUUACCCUGGUCCUGGUUUCUAAUCUUUUGGGCCAUAGAUGGGGAGCAGCCCGGGCCCCAAUCCCUCUAAGGCGCUAAGUUGAAGGAGACCUUCCCAGAGUGACUAUUGGUGCCAAAGUCCCAGUUCCUGGUGGAUUUGGGGUAAAAACAGGAGAGAUGUGAGUGUAUGGCCCAAGUGCCCAGAGAAGUUAACUCAAACCCAUGGGACCUGUCCCAGCCUGUCAGUCCCUGAUGAGUGUAACUUCCUUCCCCUGGGGGCCUGGCCCUUCUCUCUACCCCAGUGGCCAUGCUUUCUCACCCAGCCUUGUACCAGGCCUGCAUUUCUGUAUAUAUUGCUGUGUACUGUGUGUGUAUGUAUUCCUGGACAAGUGUUCAUUUGUAGCCCUUGCCUGAGGAUAAGGUUUAGGAUUGGGUAAAGAUCAGAGUACUAGGGCCAACAAAGGCAACUACUCCCUCCCCAACCCCUUGGGACCUCAGCCAGUCCCAAGGCUGCCCUGACAAUCAGGCAGGCUCCCCACCUUGAGGCCAAGCCUCCUCUGCCACUGCCAGCAUGGCCCAAGGGAGGCUGGGCCUUGGGCUUACCCAGCCUCAGCUCUACCCUGGCGAGGGUCUUAUAUCCAGGGCAGAGGCCUGAGGUGACCCAGGCUUGCCUUGUGGCUGAUGCCAGCAGGCUUGGUUCUAAUGGGCACACUGGUGGGGACCUCCAUAACUGGCCCCUAGGCCCUGCUUUCCUGCACAACUAGGCUAUAAUGGGCCUGAGCGUGAGAGGGUAGCUUCCCUAGCCCCAAGCACAGGCAGAGGGGUGGAGAGCAAUUUUUGGUUUUAUUUUUGUUUCUGAAGUGGUGCCUGUACCUCCAGCCCCCAGGGGGCCUUCCCUGGCCACACUUCUCUGCCCCACCCAGGCAUCGCCAUCCCAGCACUUUGCUCCAUGUCACCCAUAAGAUGCCCUUUGCUGAAUGUACCUGAGUGUAUGUAUUUAAAAGGACUCACAUGGGCAUCAGAGAAUUUAUGACUCUGUAUCCAAUAAAAAAGAUGGUGAAACUGGUA